UGCAUGCAUUGUCUGUCUCCCAAAAUGGUUUGCGAGACGAAAAUCGUGGCAGAAGAUCAUGACACCAUCCCCGGCUCCAAGAAAGACACCGUGAUCGUGUCCUCCUCCCAGAUGUGGCCCUCGCUCUCCGGCGGCUCGGCGCCCUCCCCGGCGCCGCCGAUGCCGCCCCCCAGCGCAGCGGCCGCUGAGGUGGCUGGUGAAGAUGGUAAAAAGGAGCACGUUUGCAUCCGCGAGUUCCACCCUGCAGAGCAAGACACGGUGCGCCGCAUCUUCUAUGACGGCAUCAUGGAGAGAAUCCCCAACACCGCGUUUCGGGGCCUGAAGCAGCAGCCCUUCACGCAGCUGAUGUAUGUGCUCCUGGCGUUGCUAUGCUUUCUACUGACCAGAUGUCUGUUGCUCACCUGCUUCGUGCCUGUCUUCCUUCUGGCCAUGAGGUAUUACUACAGCCGGAAGGUGAUCCUCACCUACCUGGAGUGUGCGUUGCACACGGACAUGGCCGACAUCGAACAGUACUACAUGAAGCCUCCAGGCUUCAUGCCUUAUUUCCCAACAUGUACUCUUCAGUCUAGUGAUGCUGGCCUCCUGGAUGUUCCCAAGUGA